UAGGUGGGGGUGAGGGGAUUUGGGACGGCUUCGCUAAAUCUACAAACUGUUUACCUUCUUAGGGAAAGUUCAUCGGCUGUCGCUGUGCUGCUGAGAAAUUGUACAGUAAGUGGGCCAUCAGCUGAACUACAGGUUUUUUAGAGCAGGCGCGACGUAGCCUGUUCGUUUAAGUUCUGAAGCAGUUUCGAAGUGAGGUGUGGUGUUGUGACGUGAAGAUGAUACCUCUGAUGUUUACCAGCGUUUUAGCAGGACUACUGGCUCUUCUGCUUUACCAGAGGACGAAUUAUCCAUUCUUUUGGGUGGAUUUGAUUUAUUAUUUGAAACUUCGGAAGUAUAGAAGGACGUCGCAGGCUCGUAUGCAGCAAGGAAUCAUCACAUACCUCGACUGUUUUCUCUACCAGGCGAGGAAUAACCCGAACAAACCCUUCAUCAUCUUCGAAAACCAGUCUCUGACCUACCAGGAUGUGGACAAGAGAAGUAACCAGUUCGCCAACGCGUUCAGGACAGUGGGCUCUUUGAAACAAGGAGACAUUGUUGCCCUGUUGAUGUUCAAUGAACCGGACUUUAUUUGUGUUUGGUUGGGACUGUGUAAACUGGGCUGUGAAGUUGCCUUUCUCAACGUCAACAUAAAAGCCCAGUCUCUUCUUCACUGCUUUCAUAGUUGUGGAGCCAAGACGCUUGUUGUCGGCGCAGAUCUGGUGCAUUUGGUGGAGGAGGUGUUGCCUGACCUGAAGAAGAACAAUGCGGCUGUGUGGGUGGUGGAUCACACAUCCCCUUCUGAGGAUUUUAGCACAUUACUAGAUAAGGUGGAACACAUGGCUGGAGAAACCCUAAGUGACCUUCCUAAAGUUGACAUCAUGUCCAACUUUCUCUUCAUUUUUACCUCAGGCACCACAGGUCUCUCCAAGGCAGCCCGGGUAGGUCAUCUAAAAGCCAUAGUGAGUAUGGCCUUCUUUCAAAUGUGUGGAGCCACAUCUGAUGACAUCAUCUACAUCACUCUUCCUCUUUACCACAUGUCUGCUUCCCUGUUAGGAAUUGGAGGAUGCAUACAUCUUGGUGCAACAUGUGUGUUAAAAAAGAAGUUUUCUGCCAGUCAGUUUUGGAAGGACUGCUUGAAACACAAUGUGACGGUGGUGCAGUACAUAGGAGAGCUUUGUCGAUACCUGUUAAACCAAUCUGUGGUUCCAGAGGAGAGAGUUCAUAGGGUUUGGCUGGCAGCAGGAAGUGGUCUCAGGUCAGAUGUUUGGAAAGAGUUCAUCAAGCGUUUUGGUAUGAUCAAGAUCAGAGAGGGCUACGGCUUAACUGAGGCCAGCAUCGGCUUCCUGAACUACACCGAUGAGGUCGGACCAAUUGGGAGGGCGAGCUUUUUCAACAAGCUUUCUAUGCCCUUUGAACUCCUGAGAUAUGAUCCACAAACAUAUGAGCCAGUCAGAACAGACUCUGGAAGAUGCAUACGAGCACAAAUGGGAGAGGCAGGGAUCCUGGUAGCUCCUCUGACAGCUAUGAACCAGUUCUUGGGCUACGCUGGCAACCAGGCCCAGUCUGAGAAGAAAUUGCUACGGGAUGUGUUUCAAGCUGGAGAUAUCUAUUUCAACACUGGGGACCUCCUGCUCCAUGAUCACAGGGACUUUCUUUAUUUCCGCGAUCGCAUCGGAGACACCUACAGAUGGAAAGGAGAGAAUGUAUCCACUACAGAGGUGUCAGAGGUUUUAGGUCUUCUUGAUUUUAUCCAGGAGGCCAACGUCUACGGAGUCACCAUACCAGGAUAUGAAGGUCGGGCAGGUAUGGCGGCUAUUGUCUUAAAACAGGAUCACAAAUGUAAUGGACCAAAACUCUACAGCCAUUUAGUAAAAACACUUCCUGCGUAUGCCUGGCCUUGGUUUCUCAGAAUACAGAGCUCUCUGGAUGUGACAGAGACCUUCAAGCAGCAGAAGAUAAAGCUGGUCCAAGAGGGAUUUAAUCCGGACGUCACCCAAGAUCUUCUGUAUUUCUUAGAUGUCUCUCAGAAGGAUUAUAUUCUCCUGACUGUAUGUCUUUAUGAUGACAUAGUCUCUGGAAAGAUCAAAUUAUAAACAUUUUAGGACAUGUUAAUGCAGUGUGAGUACAGACCGUACAUUGAAAGAGAAGUAAACAUAGUCCAUGCCGUGGCCACAUUCCUGUCUGUCUGUAUUUAAAACCUGGUUUGUGUUCAGUGCCACAAUGAGUGGCUCCCAACAUUUUUACUUUUCAGCCCCUCAAAAUAAAGAUGUACCUAGCCCGCUCACAGUUUGCAUGUGUAGGCAAGUUCUGAGAAGUUGAUUCUGAUUCCUCUUUCUCGGAUUGUUUUGAAACGUGAAGAGAAUUCUCCACACGGCAGAUUCGCAGUAUGAGAGGAUUUACGUCACCUAAAAAGUUAAACUGCCAUUUGUGCCCAGAAGCUCUUUGAAAUGAUUUUCUAUGUUAGAAACAUGUGAAACUGGAGGAAUUUAAAGCACAACAUAGUUUAAUGUGGUUUUCAAUAAUUUCAAUAAUUUGUCUCCACACAGCACAUCCUCAUUAUGAGCAGAUUUAACUUUAAAGAGCAGAUUUACAUCACCUAAAUAGUAAUUCAUGUCUUUAUUAAACUGAAAGAACUCAGAGAGCUCGUGGGACAUAGUGAAUACACCGUCAAACACAGUGGGUCAGCACUCUGAGUAAACGCUUGUUACGACCUAGUAUUGAUAUAGUAGGAAAGUGGUUAUGUUGAGGAUGGCUCCAAUGCGUCAUCAAGCAGCCUCUUAGCUCCCCCCAAAAAUCUUGGACACAGAAAUGGUGAAAAAACACUUUAAGGCUCAAACUCUUAGCUCAGUACUACACAGUUCCCAGUCUUUUCAUGUUUUAACAAGUAUUUUCUGACAUCCAAUCCAAUCCAAUCCACUUUAUUUAUAUAGCACAAUUUUAACAAACACAAGGUUUCCAAAGUGCUGCACAACAAGCUUAAACACACUAAAUAAAUAAGAAUAAGAUCAAAAAGAUAAAAUACACAAUAAAAAAGACCAAUUGGCAAGACCAUUUAUUGAACUAAAGCUGUCCCCUUCCCUUUUCAGGAGAGGGAGUUAUUAUGUUAUGGACCAUUAUGUUAUGGACAAUGUAUGUGGGGUUAAUCAGCUACAGUUUGUCCAGCUAAUUAUGUUGUCUUUUGUUUGUUAAUGUUAUUCAUGAUUCUGUCAGCAGCAGCCUGAGCAGCACAGAGACACACAGACAGGUGAAGUCUGAAUUCCAUGCUUUCCGGACUCAAUUUUUCAGACAUUUCAGGACAGUUUUCAUGCUGGGUUUGGCAGGGCCAAAAACAUCAUGACUCUGGGUGCAGAGGAUUCUGUUACAAUAUGCCAGCGCUUUUGCCCUUGCAUAUGGUUCACAGUUGCGGCCUCCCCCAUGUUGGAGUUAAAUGAUUUUACACAAAGUUUCUCAUUCCAUCUGGAAUCCUUAGCCACCAGGCUUUAUGAUUUGUGAUUGAUUUCAUUUACCCACUGUGACUGUUAAGUUCACAUGAAAGCUUUUUCAACAUUUCAAUGAAACUCCACUGGAAACUAACCAGUGCUAUCUAUAGUCAAAUUUUCUCUUAAUGUUUUGAAUAAAUAAUGAACUAUUAUAUUAUUGUUCCCACCACAUUUUUGGUCUCUUUUGUAAGUACGAACCAAACAUGACUUGAAAAGGGUUAAACUAUUUAAUUUCUUUGGUGUCUGUGCAGCCUUGUUUAUUAAUCGAUCAUUUAAGAUAAGAUAAGAUAAGAUAUCUUAAUCGAUCAUUUAUUUGUCACAUGUAAUUAUACAAAGAAUGAAUGAAUAAUUUUCAUUUUGGUUACAUACAACUGGAGAAACAAAGAUUACUUCACACAAAUGUUCUCACAGUUAAUAACCGAAAAAAGAAUAGGCUGAAGCCCCAGGCUUAUUUUUGCCUAUCCUAUAUUAACUAAAGGAUAACCCAGAAUAUCAAACCCCAAAUUUCAGCACAGUAGGAAAUGAGAACAGACGUUGUGAUGUGGUCCACAGCUGCCAAACAGGUCCUCAUCAUCUAAUUGACUAUCCCCUGGGAGGAAGGAAUACCAGCGGAUGAGCUAAAGCAGCUCAAGUACUCUGAGCUGGUUGUGGAGUGCAGAGAGGCAGGCUGGAAAGCAUCCAUCCACCUAGUGGAAGUUGGGUGCAGGGGCUUUGUGGGCAAGUCUGUUAGCCAGCUUCUCCAGGCUGCUCUGCAGAGGGCCAUCAAGGAGCUGGCAGAGGAGGCAGAGAGAGCUAGCUACUGGCUGUGGCUAGGGAGGAGGGACAGCUUAUGGGGCCAGACACCCCAGUAGGGUCAGCUGCAGGGAGUGGCAAGUAGAUGUCCCUAUACCACCACUGGCUCCCCCACCAGGAAAUGUACUGGCUAAAUAUCAGUGAAAGGUGGCACCAGCUGAAGACCCUGCAGCUGACCCCCAGGAAAUUCUAAGCUAACUUUUAAGGAGUAAGGUCACACUGGAGUAAAGUACAAAAAUACCACGGGGCAAGAGACUGUUUUCAAUUUAAAAAGAAGGACAACUUAAAAUGUCACACACCAUUACUAAUUAGCACCAGGCAGGGAAUGUAUGAGGACAGGGCUGGGGCUUACCAGGUGGCAGGGGCAAACCAAAAGUAGGAGGGUCCUUAAAUUAAACACUGGUGACACUGCACUCACACACAGCGAAAGAAAAUCAUGAAAAAAACCACCACCGCGGACUGAACUGCUACUGCAGACCCACAGCACCUGGCCUACGACAAAAAAAAAAAUUAAACAGUUAAAACAUGCCAAAAAUGCUAUACACAAGUGAUGUGUACAAACACAAGUAAUUAAGUGAAAUAAACAAAAGAAACAAAAUACAAAGAACUAUCAAUAACCACUAAAUUAUAACAAACAAAAUACACAUUAAACAAAUGUUACAUUUAACACAAAUGAAAUGGUUAAAAACAGCGGAAUGUCCUUUAAGUGCAGGCCCAGACAUAAGCCGCUUCGUAUCAGGACAUUCUAGGAGAGCCACAUCGGCGAGCCGAACCAGCACAUUAAGAGUGAAUAUUAAUCAAAAACCCAAAAAGCUAAAGUCAAACAAAAGGGAGCCAAAACAUCAGCGUAGAUUCAGGGAAAGGUGGCUGAAUACUGGCCAAACAAUUUACCAUGGUCUGUACAAGAGAAGGCACACAACUGCAACUUAGUAGAUGAAUGAGUAUAAUUAAAAUUAAUAUUUUAGGAAAAAUGAACUCAUGCUUACCACUCUGCAAAGCCAUAGUGACACCCAAGAGAGCCGGAGGAUGAAUGGCUCAGCGCCUCAGGUCAAUCACCCAGCUGCACCAAAAACGCACAGGGAAAUAAUCAGCUGGGAUGGCAGACAAUCAUGGACUUACCGAAAGGGACAGGCAAGCGCAUCCAGGCAAGGCUUCUGUUGGAGCGAUGUGUCCCCACACGGCCCCAGCUGCCGGCCGUGAACAAUGGCUGAGCACAUUACCUGGAGAGGAUUGUGCGCUGGGAGGGCCAAGACAGACAGGCCACAGCCACCUGGAAGGGAGCACAGGAAAAAAGAGAGAUAGGUGUGGCCACAUCUGCCUGAUGUUUAAAAUGUUACAUGGCAAGACUCCUCCACCACUCAGCACUUUCAUUAAACAGAGAAACUCUAACAACUGAUCCACAAGGUCUGUACUGAGAGGGGACUGUGUAAUCAGUCACUUAAUCAAUCAAUUCAGUCAAUUUUAUUUAUAAAGCCCAAUAUCACAAAUCACAAUUUGCCUCACAGGGCUUUACAGCAUACGACAUCCCUCUGUCAUUAGGACCCUUGCAGCGGAUAAAGAAAAACCCCCAGAAACCCUUUAACGGGGGGGGGAAAAAAAAUGGUAAAAACCUCAGGAAGAGCAACUGAGGAGGGAUCCCUCUUCCAGGACAGACAGACGUGCAAUAGAUGUCGUACAGAACAGAUCAACAUAAUAAAUUAACAGUAAUCCGUAUAACACAAUGAGACAGAAAGAGACACAGAGAGAGACAGACAGAGAGAGAUGCAGGACAGACGGUAAGAAUAAUAGCUUACAACAACAUUAAUGAAAGUAAUAAUAUUAUAAUUAUAAUUCUGGCUAUUGUGGUACAAUAUGUUGAAAGUAUAUAUUAAUAUCUGAUUGUAUACAUAUGUGACAAUAAUCAUAUGUGUAUAAUAACAGUAGAAGUAUGACUAAUGACAACAGCAGCAGCAGGAGGCAUCUGGCAGGACCAUGGCAGCAGUACAACCACACACGUCACACUAUCCAGGCACCGCUGCGAUAUAAGUUAACCUGUGAGACGGUGGAGCACAAAGGCUCCGGAGAAGAAGCAGAGUUAAUGACAUGCAGUAUGGCCGAGUUAGCAAGAUGCAGUAACAGGACGUGAGAGAAGGAGAGAAGGUGCCCGGUGUAUUAUAGGAGGUCCCCCAGCAGACUAGGGCGGAAAGUCUUUUUUGCUUAGGAAGGUUCCUAGCUGAGUGAAAUGACCCGGAAGUAUUUUAGUGGCCGCCGUGAUAAGAGCUGUUCGAAUUCUCUAAACACUAAGGAAAGGAUGUUCAAUGCUUCCUUUCAGAUCUCCUUUAGCAUAGGAUACAUCGGACCUUCCUAAGCGAUAGGAAAGGAGAUAAUUUAAUCCCACAAUGCUUUGCGGGAGCAAUAUUUAAAGCGACCGACCAUUCAUUGAGACAACAAAUAAACCCGAAGAAGUAGGAGAAGAGGAAGAACGAAAGAAGGGACAAAAGGUAAAGAAAAAGAAUAACUGGCUCUCAACAUGACUGAAAAGUCACGGAGAUCACCAUGUAAGUCACCGUUACAUGAAGCUUUGCCCAUCUCAUGGCAUAACUUGAUAAUAUGCGUAACGUUAUAUGUUGGUGGCCAUAUUUUGAUUUCCAAAAAAGAGGACACUCACCCCGGCCAGGAGAUAGCCUACUUAAAUGAUACUCGCAGUUUACUCAAAGAUGCCUUAUAAUUUUAAUAUAUUUAAAGUUUAUAUGUAUGGAUAGAAAAUUCAGUUAUAUUACAAAAUAAUAUCUCUCAAAGACAGAAAUUUAGAUAGGCUUCUCAGAGGUUACUCAACUUGCUUUUUUUAUGCCUAAAAUAAUAAUCUUUUUAAAAGUUUCAAUUGCACAAAAAUAAAUAUAAAUGUAAAAUCUCUGGAAUGAAAUAAUGAUAGAAAUAAUGUCUCUUCUGUAUUAGAAAAAUCAACUUGUAAAAUAAUAGCUAUCUUUUCAAGUCUUACUGGACAAAUAAAUAAAUAAUAUGAAAUAAUGUUCUAAAUAAUACCUCUUCUGUAUUAGAAAAUCCAACUUUGAGGUCACCUUUAUUAGACACAGAAUCAUAUGUGCCAGCUUUGCACACGGUGCACUCAGCCUCCCAUAUAUCCCGACCAGUGUUGUGUGUAACGCGUUACUUUGUACGUUGCUGUAACGCGUUACAGCAAUAUAACUACUUUUAUUGGGUAAAAAGUAGUGUAACGCGUUACUACUGAAAAUAUGGUAACGGAACGUAGUUACUUUGUCAGUUGGGCACAACGUUACAGAUUUGACGGUGACACUGCCUGUCUGCCUCAGCUGCGCACUAGGCAGGAACUGUGACAGUUGCCAUGUCAACAGUACAGACAGGAGUGCCAAAAUCAAGAAUCGUAUGAGGAAUAUGGAAACUACACACACCUCUUCGGAUUAUUUUAACGGUUUGCCAACCGAAGACAGGUUAGCUUAUUGUAAUAAGCUAACAAUUAGCAACAGAGUGAGGUUUCCUGACCCGUACUUAAUGUCGGGUCAGUGGGUCACCGACCCAACGAAAUGGCCUAAGCUACAGUGGCCGGACAUUUUUUUAUAUCUUGUGGAGAAACCCAGCGUUUAUACGCAUGAAAAACUCAAGGCAUAUAAAUCCCUCGAUAUGUAUAAUUUUGUACUUUGCGGUCAUGUCCAAGAUAUUGAUAUAUACCGGGAUUUAUCUGAUGGUUUUUGUGCUCUAUGGACCGAAGUACUGCCGAGCCAGCGACAAGGACACAAAACAGUAACGUUAACUAAUGUACAAGACCUGGGCGAUUCUGAACAAGACGACCAACUAUAUACUGACAGCGAACUGCACUUGUAUGGCUGGGUAAGUGUUGUUUAAUGUAACGUUAACCUCGCUAGUCAGACCUCAGACAUGGGCAACAUACGACCCCGGAACCUCAAAGGAAAUCAAAAUGACCCCCAAAACAUCACUAAAAUGCAGCAUUGUGUUAACAGAAACAGAACAAUCAUAACCUGCCUACCUUCCUGGUGCUGUGUGAACGGCAGCCUGUUGCAGCAGCUCCUAUUUUGUGUAUUUUAAAUUGCUGCUGUGACAUUGAAAUUUCCCCCCGAGGGGUUAAUAAAGUACCUACCAUACCAUACCAGAAGAGAAAAUGAAUUGAUUUAUUCAUGCAGGUCUGUAGCUUACUGCAAAGUAUGAGUCUGUUACACAGACGCAGUCUCACAGUUACACAUGUAAUAACAGAACAGAAAAUGAUUUAUUCAUGAAUAUGACGCUAUUUGUUCAAAGAUAGUGUCUGUGAAUAUUAAUAUUUUCCUCAUUCAGUGAUGCAGCAGGUCUGGCAAAUAGGCUAUUAGUAGUAGUAAUCUGUCACGUAACAAAUUCAUUUAGCCUAGUUAACACAAAUUAACUCUCACUCUUUAAUCUUUAUUUUAUCACCAAAGUGGUAAAUACCAGUGGGAAACUCGGAUUUUUUCACAUUUAGGAAAUGAGAUGGGGUUCUACCCAAAGUCAAGCACCAUAAAAGUAAUGUAAAAGUAACGAGUAACAUAAAAAGUUACUUUUCACAGAGGGUAACUAAGUAAAGUAAGGGAUUACUUUUUUUUUAAGAAGUAACGAGUAACGAGCAAACACUACUUUUUAAAAGUAACUUCCCCAACACUGAAUCCCGACCGGGUCGGGACGGUAAAUUGGGAUUUUUUUCCGCAGUUCAUCUGUAAAGCUGCACUUGCGUUUCGGCAUCUUGGAAGCUUAGAAUAAUGCUGCGCCACGGGUAUCUGCUGCUUCCUCGUUGUGAGUGUUGGAGAUCCGCCGAUAAGGCAGCCUCUCGGGGAUUACACACACACACACACACACACACACACACACACACACACACACAAGGAAAACCGGACAUGAUCAUCAAUUUAUAAACACCCCCCGGACGCCCCGGACAGGACGUGAAAAGUGGACAUGUCCGGGCAAAAGAGGACGUUUGAUCAGCCGAUCCAAACUCUCAACAAUAUGUUAAACCCAUGUGAACUAUGAACGUCACGCUACUGUUGUAACAUUACCCAAUUCAAGUUAAUAUUGUGGUGUAAGAUAUGCUCAGUGUGCAUUAAUCAUGUCACUAUUUGAGUGUUGUUGAAUCGGCAGCUUUUAGCAAUAUCAUUAAUUUUUCUUCAGUCACAGAUGCUGACAUCUCUGCACUCAUGGGCACGUGUGCGGCUGGAGUACCUCUUCAGCGGGAGGCAGCCCUUUUUAGACUAUUACGCAAAUGAAUUUCACCCGAACACUUUAGAAUAAAGCCCACAUCUCUACCCCCCCCCCCCC